CAUUUGUUCCCAGUCCAUCUGGUUUAAAGGACAUGUCCGUUGAUCUUGGACCUGAUAGGACAUCAUCACGAGAAAGUGGUGCAGAGCUCCCUCCCGAUGACCUGAGUGAGACAAAGCUGCAACCUAAACCAGUAACCUGGGCUAGCAAAAUACCAGAUGAGUUUGGUAAUCCAGAUAACUGCCACUUGGAGGCAGAACCUAGUAUGAUGGCUGAAGAAAGCAACUUGCCACUAUCCACAGACAAAAGUGCGACCCAGAGUGAGUGUCCCAGCCCUAUACUCGAUAGUCUUCCCGAAGCUGACGAACUGACACCCCAGUUCGGUAGCGAGGUAGACAUCGGUGCCGAAGUUGAAGUUGGCACCUGUGGCUCUCCAGAUGCAAGUAGUUUGCCUGAAGCAGAGGUUCCUGUACCAGGGAUGUAUAUCCCUGCUGGGGAUCUCUCUAGGGAAACUGCUACUACAGGACACAGCAGUGAGAGUGAGGUGAAUGGAUCGCGACCCUCAAGAGAGCGGAGACCCCCAAGGCGGUUCACUUACGAAGUGCUUGGCCAGCCAGUGACUCAUCAGUUGCAGGCAGGUGUUUGGAGUCACUGGAUCCCAGAAUUUAUUAUUCCUACGUUCCUCACUGCAAGGAAGAGUUGCAUCGGGACGCUGCAACACGUUUAGGAGGAGGGAUGUGUAGCCCGUGCGGUACGCUGAAGUGCGCCCUCAAGCGGUUAUGAGACGCGCGUGUACUGUAACCAUGGAAGGCGCCAUGUUCGCACAUGUUUUGGCGAAAUUCCCGCAGUGAAAUGCCAAGAUUCUUGCUAAAAGUCAACUGUUAGUUUGACAUUGAUUGAAAUCCUACAGCUUGUGGCUCUCAGUCACAGUCUGGAACUCUGCUCCACAUCUUGAGUGGAUCAAGCCGUUGGUGACUGGACUGGCCACAUGUGAGUUUACACAUGUUACAUCUUCACAAGGACAGGAAUUACAUGUAUGCUGUCUGCAUUGGGUGAACUACCGUAGGAGCAUCCCUCACAACAGUCUAUCUCCAAGCAGGAGGGAUCUUGUGAAGGAACCGUUUACUGUGUAGCGUAUACAUGUACAGUGACGUUGAACUUCUGUGGUUUCACCGGAACUCCACGAAGUGAAGAGAACUGAACUGACUAGUCAAUCAACAUUUUUGGAUUGGGACUUGAUUGCCUUAGAGUGACAUCAAGAGUCUCAAAUAUCCUUGUUUGAAUAUAUUUAGGGCCCUAAUAUUGUCUGUAUACCGGUAUUUUUGUUUUUUUGUCAGAAAGAUAAAUGGUUGUUUAUUCAUAAAGUGUCAUUGUUGACCUAAACAUUUACAUGUAGGCCUACUUAAAGUUUUUCUUGAUUAUCAUCAUCAGCGCUGGUGUUAUAGAUUUUUGAUCUAGAGUUCCGUCCAAGUUUUCAAAUUAAAGAUUUUCUAGUUCAGUACAAUU